UCGUCGCAACUAAUAUUUUCGUGUUGUUGCCCAAAUCUGAAGACUUUAUCUAACAAACAGAUAUUACAAGCAAUUAUAUUUAAUUCGCAUUCAGAACUGAAUUUUCUCGGUUACUUCUAUUACUAGUGAAGGCGAAAUACUCAUUCCAAUUGACGAACUUUUGCGCUUGAAUCCGUAUUAGGGUCCCUGGACUUGGCGCAACUCAACUCAGUUCGGCGCAAGUGAGAAACUACGAAUCCCCCAAGAAAAAAAGGGAGAAACCCCAACGAAACCCUUUUCCCUGUAAAGAAGAGAAAAGUCGAAAGUAAACCAAGAGUCAGAAAGAGAAAUAAGGAAAAAUGCGUACAGACCCAAACAUCAUUAUCACGGGUACGCCUGGAACAGGCAAGACGACACACUCAGAGGCACUAGCCGAGCGGACGGGUCUACGACAUAUUUCGGUGAACCAGGUUGUCAAGGACCGCGAGUGCCAUGAGGGAUGGGACGAGGAGUUUUCGAGUUGGAUUGUGGAUGAUGACAAGCUACUAGAUGCGCUCGAGGAAGACAAUGUCAAGGCUGGCGGAUGCAUCAUCGAUUGGCACGGCUGCGAGAUCUUCCCCGAGAGCUGGAUUGACUUGGUUGUGGUGUUAAGGGUGGACUCGAGUACGCUGUACGACCGCUUAUCUGAGAGGAAAUACUCCGAGACCAAACUGCAAGAGAAUCUAGAUUCGGAAAUCAUGGAGGUGUUACUGCAGGAGGCGCGGGAUUCGUACGACGAGCAGAUUGUGGUGGAACUUACGAGUAAUUCAGUCGAUGAUAUGGAGAGCAACAUUGAUCGCAUCGAGGCGUGGAUUACGCAGUGGAAAAAGGAUCACGCGGAUGAAAGUGAGGCCUGAUAUCAGGGCAAGUAAAGAAAUAAAUAAAUAUGAAAAAAACACUCCUUUCCCUUCGGCGAAAAAGACGGGAGGUAUGCAUUGGGACAGGGACAUAUAAAAUAGUGCAUGCCAUAAGAUACCCAUGAAUAACGCCCGGUUGGUGCACUCGGCUGCUGUGAUAGUGGCGUACAUAUGGUCUAAAAACCCAAUCCAUCAGCUACG